AAAAAAACAUGGGGGAUGAUUAAUACAACUAUGAAGAUGAUUACGAUUCAAUGUAGAUAGAAAAAUAAUAUUCGUUACAAGGGUAAACACUUAUUGAAUAGAAUUAAUAGUGUAGAGAUCCUGGAUAUAAAGGAUGUCAUUUAAGAGAUCAGAAAAGAUAUUCUAGAGCUCUAAGAGUAGUUGUAUUUCGAUGAAGACAACACUUUUGAAGUAACAAUUCCUAGUGAUUUAUAGCUACUCAUGCACUACAAUUGGGAUAAAGAAGAAAUCACUUAGAAGUAUUUCACUAACUCAGAGGCAUUAUUGGCCGAUCUAAGGAUGAAAGGCAUUGUUAACAAUCAUGAUAAAAUCAUCUUUAAUGGUCUCAAGGGAUGUUGUUCAGUAUGUUUUGUUGAGGGGAAUUUAAUUGAAUUGGGAUGCACUCAUAAAUUUUGCGAGUCUUGCAUUGAGCAGACGAUAAAGUAGAGAGUGUACUAGGAUAAAUUCUUGAUAGUGAGAUGCUUAUAGAACGGAUGCAAUUACAGAUUGCCAUUUUCAAUGAUCAAAAGAUAUUCAAAUGACUAAGAGUUUGAGAAUUUACUUUGCAGAAGAUUCGUAGAUUGUUCCAGAUAUCUCGCAUAUUGUACUGGAGUGGAUUGCAAUAAGAUUUUGAAACCUCAAUACUCAUCAGUGAAAGAAGUUACCUGUGUGUGCUAGAAUAAAUUCUGUUUUUAUUGCAAGGAGGACCUUCAUCCUCCAUGUCCUUGUGAUUUGGUUAAAAAAUGGCUGGCUGAAAUCAAAAAGGACGAAGCCAACGUCAGAUGGAUUGUUGUCAAUACAAAAUCAUGUCCAUUUUGCAAGAAACCAGUCGAGAGAUCAGAAGGCUGCAAUUACAUGAUGUGUAAACCUCCAGGAGGUUGCGGAAAGGCUUUUUGUUACAUUUGCUCUUAACCUUGGGAACCUGACCAUAAGGAUCAUUUCAAAUGUAACAAAUAUGUGGCUCCUACUGCCAAUAUCGAAAAGGAGAAAGAAGUGUUGCAACGCUAUAACUUCUAUUACGAAAGAUUCUUAAACUCUUAGGCUGCCAAAGAAAAGGCUAUGCAAAGAUUGAAACAAAUCAAGGAAUAAUAUCUCACCUCCAUCUUCAAGCAUUACUAAUUUACCUAUUAAGAUAGUCAAUUCUUAGAGGAAGUAAUGAAGGAAUUAAUUCAAUCCAGAGUCGUACUAAAAUGGUAUUAAUUUUAACUGACUUUUCUUAGGUCUUAUUGUAUUGGCUACUACAUAUCUAAAACCAAUUAAUAAUCUGCCAAAUUGUUUGAUCACUAUCAAGAAAUCUUUGAACAUGCCUGCGAAACCCUGGCCAUCUCUUUGAUAAAGUUAUUUGAUGAAAUCGAAAAAUUGGACCAUACUCAAUCUGAUAAACCAAUCCACGAAUAAAAAAAAGACUUCAUAGAAAAAAAAGAGAGAAUCCAAAAUGCCUCCCAAAAAUGUUGUAAAAUGAGACAGAAUCUGGAGGUAGCUAUCUAUCAAGGGGAGAUUUACAUGUGAUAUAUGAC